AUGGAUCCUCAACAACGGCUGCGUGGACCAAUCCACGCCCAACGACACGUGCGCGUCGUAUGCGUCGGGGCCGGUGCUUCUGGCCUCCUGAUGGCUUACAAGCUGCAGAGACACUUCUCAAAUUACAGCUUGCAAGUCUAUGAGAAGAACACGGAGGUAUCAGGUACUUGGUUCGAAAACAGAUACCCGGGAUGCGCAUGCGAUGUUCCAUCACACAACUACACAUGGUCUUUCGAGCCGAAACUCGACUGGUCCGCUGUCUAUGCCAGCUCCAGGGAAAUCUAUGCUUAUUUCAACGAUUUCGCGCACAAAUAUGGCCUACGGAAAUACAUCAAAACGCAGCAUCAGGUGAUUUGGAAAAGCAACACCAUCGUGAACGAUCAUUGCGACAUCCUUGUAAACGCAUCCGGCAUCUUGAACAACUGGCAGUGGCCUGCCAUCCCAGGACUUGAUAAAUACAAGGGAAACCUACUACACACUGCAAACUGGGAUGACGACGUGGACUUGACAGGCCGACAUGUUGGUCUGAUUGGCAAUGGCUCCUCCGGUAUCCAAGUUCUCCCUACGAUCCAACCGCACGUUAAGAAAAUAACAACAUUUAUUCGUGAACCAACAUGGGUCUCCCCAGUCCAAGGUCUUGAACAACAUGUCUUCUCUGACAGUGAGAAGCUGGAGUUUGCCAUGAAGCCCGGUGCGCUUAUCGACUAUCGCAAGAACAUCGAACGUGGUCUAAACGGCCAAUUCAGCAUAUUCCUCAAGAACACCAACAUCAACUCAGACACCGAAGCAUACUUCCGAACUCAGAUGAAGGAUAAGCUGAAGAAUGAGUACCUAGAAGAGAAGUUGAUACCCAACUGGAACGUUGGGUGUCGAAGACUGACGCCGGGUGUUGGUUACCUCGAAGCCCUGGGCAAGCCAAAUGUACAGACAGUGUAUGGCGAAAUCAACGAGAUCACGGAUCGAGGCUGCUUGUGCAGUGACGGCAAAGAAUACCCCAUUGAUGUACUGAUUUGCGCAACCGGCUUCAACACCUCCUUCAAACCUCGUUUCCCCGUCAUCAAUUCCUCCGGCGACAAUUUGCAAGAUGCCUGGGGUAAGGAACCACGCUCCUACUUUGGCCUUGCAGCUGCCGACUUCCCAAACUAUCUCAUAUUUCUCGGUCCCAACAGUCCCAUUGGUAAUGGUCCCGUGCUCAGUGCCAUCGAAGCCCAGGCAGACUAUAUGUGCAAGCUGAUUGAUCGCUUCCAAACACAUAACAUAUCUGCCUUUGCGCCCAAGACAGAGGCUGUCGACGACUUCAUAGCCUUCAAGGAUGAAUUCAUGAAGAAGACGGUUUGGCACGACGCCUGUCGCUCAUGGUACAAGUCUCUCGGGCCCGACGGCCCCGUCACAGCAUUAUGGCCCGGCUCCACUCUACACUAUAUUGAAGCACUCAUGGAGCUGAGGCUAGAAGACUGGCAUGUUGAGUACAAUGGAAAUCGCUUCGCCUGGCUCGGCAACGGGUACUCGCAGACAGAGAUCGAUCCCACGGCCGACUGGGCGUUCUAUGUCAGGGACAAGGACGACGAUGAGCCGAUAUCGAGGUUGCGCAGACUUCAGAUUCUUAAUAAAAGUGGAACGGUCGUGCCUAGUGCUGGUGUUGAUUUCACUGGAUCAGGUAAAGGUGGAUGCGAGAGGUUGGCAGACGCAAAGUUGUAG